AUGGGAGGAGUCCCAGCAACUGUGUACAGAGGAAUCAAACGAUACUGGCGUAGGAAGGGAUACGAGAGGCUAAAUGGAACCGUCGCCUGCCGAGGAAGAAAAUCUCGUGCGCUAGAACUGGCCGCUGUCGAUGGUUCUAGCCGUCGACGGCGGUUCUGGAGGAUAAAAUUGACUCCAAGGCUGAAGCUCAAGCUCCGGUUCACGCCAAAGAAGUUUUUGUGCGGGUUGCGCGAUGCAUACGUGAAUAUGAUGAUGAAACUCGCGAACACUAGAACGAUCAGCAAUGGAUUUUCAGGCGGAUACGCUGGAGAUGGAGUGACGGGAUUCGGAAUGAGACCGAUGAAGGAGUAUGAUAAAAGGAUGAUUGUUGAGAUCUACAAAUCGAUUAUGAUGGCGCAAGGUCAAUUGGUGCCUCGUGAUGCCGCAAGAAUUGGCUCCGGCAUUAUAAAGCAAAUUCAAUGGUCAGUAUGUAUUCUUGAGAUCCAUGAGUUACUAACAUUUGGGUGUAAAACAGAACACGCAUUUCAUACAACUGGAGUUUAA